AUGGGUUGGAUAACAAGAGCUAUAGAACGCAUUCCUCCACCGUGGAGCGGAGUUCCAGCAGUAUUCGUUGAUCAAUUCUCGAAACUUCAAAUUUGGUCCUAUGUCGAGUUUAAAGACGGCAUUAUUUAUCUCGAUUCAGACACCAUUGUACUUAAAAGAAUCGACCAACUAUUCGAAUUAAUCAAACCGUCGACCGGAUUUGAAUUUGCUGCCGCACCGGACGUACUGUGGGGAAAAGAUUCAAAUAACUUUAAUGCCGGAUUCAUGCUUCUUAAACCUAAUAAAGAUGUCUACUUGGAGAUAAUGAGGGCACAUAAGAUUCCCAAAGGUUAUGAUAUCGGUUUUGCCGAGCAGGCUUUUUUGAAUGAAUUCUUUCGAUAUAGAUACUUGCGACUUCCUGAAACGUACAAUAUAAAUCUUUCAAUAAUGGAUUUGAAUCCGCAUUUAUGGAAAAUACUGUUACCAGAUAUGAAUGUAGUACACUAUACAAUACAAAAGCCUUUUAAGAAUCCUAAUCCUGGGAUAUACGUUGAACCAUAUAAGCUUUGGAACAGUUUAUAUAAGGAGAUGGAUGAAGCAAUGAAUUUAUCGGAAAUCGAAUCAACGUGUGAGAAAGCAGGACAUUGA